AUGGCCGAUUUUGGCCACACAACAAGAUCACUUUCACCAGUUGACUACAGUCACAGCGACUCGCGAGCGACGUCGCUUUUUUUCCCUGGAAAUCUAAAGGAGGAACAUUCGGAAAACAAAAAUAUUAAAAACGGUUCGUGCGAAGACUGUUUAGACGACUCGCCAAAAUCUAAGGUAAAUUCAACGCAGGGAAAUACACCUUUGGAGCAAACAAAACUUAAUUUCACGAGAGAUUCAGAGAACUCCAUGUUUCACGAUUUUGCAACAUCGACCACGUUUUGGUCGCCGGCCACCGUAGAGGAUGUAUUUGUACAACCCGGCGCAAUUCCACAACCAGUAAACGGCAUUCAUUUACCCUCCAACACUCCGGUUAUAACCCAGCCACGAAGAUUAAAUGGGCCGACGAAUAUGACGACAACAAUGAACCAUCAGCCAAGAAGACCGAUUCCUCAUAACUCGGCGUUUAUAACGCAAAACAAAUCAAUGCCUACUAUAACAAGUUUAGGGGGAUGGAAUCAACAGACCCCGCCAUCCAUUUCAGGCUGGCCUUCACAACAACAAAACUCGUGGGGAAGUCGGCCUUCAAACCACACACUGAACGCCAUAAAUUUCCCACAUGGAAGGAAUUCUAGGCCGUCUUCGUUAACACUUCCAAGCUCUUCGCGAAUGCGAAAUCAUCAUCGUCUAAACCCUACGUUUCCUCCUGUUUCAAGAUCGACCAUCUCAACACAGAGCAUAACGCAGGGAUUACAAAGUUUGAGUCUGAAUCGGCAACCCGUGGACGGUACGAUUUUGGAUGAUAUCCCUAGCCUUGGAAAUUCACAUGGUCAAAAUAACGAGCUUUCAAACUCCCUUUACUCGUAUCAGGUAAAAUCAUAGAAAUUAUAAAACAUAUUUUGAAGGAGACAUCAUAUACAAAAGAACAAGUAGGCACAUAAAAAGAUACCGUACGUUGGGUGAUUCUCCCUUCCAAUGUAGAUUAUUUUUUGAACCAAAAUUAAGAAGAGUACAACGUUACGUUCACACGAAUACAGUUAGAAACCGUAAUAAAGAAUCCUUUUAUAUUAGAUAAGAGAUGUCUAUUUAAAGCCACACGGUAUUUUCCAUGAAAUCGUUAGGAGACGACGAGCGAAAUAAAAAAUGAGAAAUAUGGAUUCGCUAGAAUCAAUAAUGUUUUCUCCGUCCUUUCACCAAAACAUACAUAAAUUAAUGAGGGAAAAAGUUGGCUUAAAGGUACAGCUGCUUCGAAAUUAUGAUGUAAAGUCGUAAUAAAAGUGGAAAUUUAGGGAAAUUUUUUUUAAACCUUUGUGGAUCUUAAACUCUCAUCACUAAUGGAUCUUUUGUCUUCUCUUUCCUAUUCAGGAUUCAAUGAAAUUUCCAUCUUUGGAGACCCGUUUACUUGAUAUAAUUCGUUCUCCUUCGGAUCCUCCAGAUAACUUAAGCGGUUAGUAUGAUCUUUUAUUACGACGCAAAAUCCCUUUACAUGUCUGAAGGCACAAGGAAGAAGAAGCAUGAAUAAAAUACCUUGUUCAAUAAGAGCCAAAGCAACAGGAACAUACAAUUCUAUCAAAUUUUGCCACGCUCAUUUACCGGCAUAACAUUUUGUUUUGUGAAAUUAGGUUGUGCGCAAACGUACAUUGCUUUUAACACAUGUUACAGAUUUAGCCAGUCUUUAUGGGAAAUGUCUCUUCCUGAGAGUUCAUCUGGUUAAUAAUGAGUGCGCAUCGCGAUAGAACAUUCACUCACGUUCGCAUCUCGCUGGAAAUCCCUAUUAGACUGCGGUGAAGUAAGAAUAUGAAAACUUUCAUUCCCUACUAAUUUCUCGCGCACGGCACCUGCACUUUCCGCCAUGGUUCUUUUAAUUUUUAAUGGGUUUUCAAAAUGGCCAGAAACAAGAAUAUUUGACGUUUUUAUUAUAUCUUCGCUGCUUUCCCUUUCUUUUUGAGAAAUUAGAUGUUCUACAUCUAUAAAAGACUUUCUUCAAAGCAAAAAAUUGAUGGGUUAGUGUUGUUGACAGUCAGCUUUUUUAGUUUUAGUUAAGAUAAACCUAAAAAAUGGCGGUAAAUGCGUGGCGGCGUAAAUCGUGGGAAGAGGACUCGACAGAUACAUUUGGAAGAAAACUACAAACUACAGUUUGGAAAUACUCCUUUCUCAAAUUUAAAUAAAAAAGAAAAUAAUUAGAGUACGCUUGUUUCCUAAGUCAUAUGAAUGUCUAGGAUGCUACACUGUGGAUGCUGAUGAAGUACCACUGGUAAAAUUGCAAAGGAAGGAAGCCAUAAAAUUAUCCUUACUAUUUAAUUGUCUCAAAGUCACUUCUCGAAUCAUUUAAAGAAAAAUUGUUUCAUGUCGUAUUCUAACGAAUUGUCGUCGUUGACUGUUAAAGGAAAGAAUAACGAAAAAUUAAAGAUGGACUGCAUGAGGGUGCAUGGUCGCCGACUGCUUUAUUACGGGAAACGACAUUUAAAUCUAUCCUUCGAGUUGAAGUGUGUGCGACGGUCAAAAAGAUGAAAAGUCAGAGAUGGCGAAGGCCAUAAUCAUUUCAUUUAGAUCAGAAUAUUCAUUCGAAGGAUCACAAAAAUGUCCCUUUCUUUGCCUUACAUAGAAUGGAAAGUUAAAAAUCAUCCAAGUCAUGAAAAUAUUGUUGAAUGUUUUUCAUAUUGUCUCCACGCCGUUCCGUCCGUUGAAAAACGAUAAUCAGCUACUUCAGAUAAUCCUCUGUUUAAAUUUGUUGCGUUUGCUUCUUUAGCAAUCUUUGUAAAACCAUAGUUCUACUAACUCAUCUAGAAAAUCAGACUCCCAGCGGUCUCAUUUGGUUGAAUAACCUUUUAACGCGAACAAAAUUUGUGAAAUUACUGUUAGUCCUGAAAGGGAGAAAAAGCACAAUAUCACCGCUUUUACAACUUAUAGUGAAGGUUCCUCUAGUCCCCUGAGACAAAAUCAAAAUCACAACAGUUGGGUCUGACUACCAAACAUAUUUCUUUUCUUUAAGGAAAAUAAACGUAAUUUGAUUUCUAUUUAGUGUCGCUCAAGUCUCACUUUUACGGCUCGUGACUGAUCAAACACUUAAAGUUGGUCAAAAGAAAACACAAAAAUGGGAGCUCGAAGGAAACGUCUUUCUUACGCCAAACAAAUGAAAAAGGUUUUUCUUAUAUGACGAAAAACUGCGAAAGUAUAAGAUCAAUGAAGAGGGCUUACGCAAGAAACGCCAACGCAGCUUCGUCCCUGAGGUACAAACAGACCCAGUAACUAAAUUUCUUCCGUAUUUCAAUUCUUCUCUAUGAGUGUGAGAAUAGGAACAAAAUCCAUUAAUCAUCUAAAACAGAGGAAGCGAGGUUUCUGAGAAAAAAGCAGUAAAAUGCAGAUUUAUACGGCAUCUCAUAGUUAGUAAGAUCGCAUCUAUAAAGCUGACGUUAUAAUGACUGGUGAUGUUUUUUGACGAAAAGAAAAUAUUCCACUGAAAAUUUUGAUCAUAAACUAAAAGAAAUACAAGGAAAACCCUCAACGAGAAAGGAAAGCUCGGGAGGGACAAAUUUUAUUGAUAAUUUAUUCAAGUCUACCUUCCUUCCGUUCUUUUUCCCUUUUAAGCUUUCGGCUAAAAACUGUAGCAGACGUUAGGUAAAGCACCGAGCAAAGUUACCGAUAUAAAGCUGACGAUACCAUUGAAGAGAAGAGACGAACGAACUCUCGAUCUUUUAAAGGGAAUUGUCCUUAUUUAAAUUGAAAUUUAGAGUUCAAAUCGAGAAUACAUAUCAGAAUUUUUAACUAAAACUUUACUACAGUAAACUGAAAACACAAUUAAAUCUCUCAGCUGCACGCGGUUUUAUAUUAAUAUUCAAAACGAGAAAACCAAUUUUAAUAGCGAAAAGUAGUUCUGACGUGAUGUUUUAUUAAAGCUCUUCUUCGCUUUGAAGUGCAUUUUCUUGAUAGGAUAUUAUUCUGAAAUAAUUAUCAACAUUUCCUCUCAUACGUUUGGCAAAAAGGACCUUUAUAUAGGGCCACAAGCUGAGUUUAGAAUAUAACAUGGAUAACAGCUGUAUGGAUUUUCAGUAACAAUAGGUCAAAAUUACUCUCCAUUAAAAUUUCUCUAUCUGAUUGGUUACGAGAAAGAAAGGCAAAUCUUUGGCAGCUAAGGAAGCACAUUUGGCGAUUAUGUCAAACAACGUCUCUCAGAAGAUGCCAAGCUUUUGGAGACAUCGAUUUGCGGAGUUGUCUAAUGAGAUUUCUAGGUGAAUAUCCUUAGAGACCCCUUGGCCAUUUCAGACAACCUUAGUAACGUCUGGCUAAAAUCGACCAAAAAUGCUCAUUUGUAUUGCGAAUUGAGACUCGUUAACAAGUUUUUAAGUCAGCACGAUACUCGAUGCAAAUUUAUUUCAACACUUUCCUUUGACUUCCAACCAAGUCAAACUGAAUUGCUGCUCUGCGAAGUUGCUCUUCAACAUUUGUUUGCACUUUAUUUCACAGACAUGUGCACUUGUGUGGCAAAAAACCUUCUCUUUCAUGCGUUUCUUCAUAAACCAACUAAGCUGAGAAAUUAUGAUACAUCAUAAUCAUUUUUAAUUUUAAUUUCGGGAGGAUACUACUGGCGUUCAUAAAUGUGUUUAGACUGCUCUGUUCCAAAAGCCUGCGUCCUACUUAAAAUACAUUCCACUUCUUCAUAAGGAGCGAUUGCCCUACUCUUUUGAAAUCGAGAGCAUUAUUUAUGAGGAAAAGUUAAAAUAUCUGUCUGAUGAAAGGGUAACGUUGUACUUAAAUUUUGCCGCUUGUAAUAAAGACUUUAAGCAAUUCAUUAAGUUAAAACAAACCAUGUUCACUAGUCUCAAAUCUGGUGUCUAAAUUGACCUGAUUAAGGCCAGGAUAUGUGCCAAUCAUCUUGUGAUGAAUGUAAUGUCUCCAAGAAAGAUAUUUUUGCAGAAAACGGAAAAAAUGUGGAAAUGAUUUCAUGCAAGAAAUUCGUGGGCAUAAUCUCCGUUAACUUUAAUGUUAAUUAAAUUUAAUUGAGAUUAUGCCUACAAAUUUCUUGCAUGAAAUCAUUGCCACAAAGAAGUAACUAAAAGCGGUGACUCUUACUUGUGAAUGAACAAUCGAUUUUGUAAUCGUUAGCGUUAUGACCUUAGAUUGUUUCCCAAACUGUCAUAUAUUUAGUGCAAUUUGGUUCUUAAAUGAGCUUACGGUCUAUUAAAAAUAAAAACGAUUUUAAGAGGCUUUGUAAUUAAGAAUAACAAACGUAAACUGUGGGCCCAGAACGAGAAACAUGGUAAACGAGCGUUGAUAGAUGGAAUGAUGCCAUAAAGAGGGAUAGUCAAAAAACGCCAUUAUACAUCUCAAAAUAUCGAUUCAGGUUAAGUUGAUUUUGUGGAUUACGUCCAAGAAGUCAGAUAUAGUAAUCAUCAUUUCGUUUUUCUGAUUACACCUCUUGUGAAGAAAGCAAAAGUUCAUAACGUGCGCCUCGAUAUAUGCCAUCAUCAAUAAAUCGUCAAAUAUUAACGACAUUAACUACAUAAUAACAUAGAGGAAGGUCGUUACAGGGAAAUCUUGAACCGGGGCCGUAAUCACCGUGCAAGAUCACUGUAACAAGGCCGAAGUUGGAGAUUUUAGAUUUUACCUAAAGAACGUCCCUCUUGGUUAUUGAGUUGAUUGCUUUACGACUAAGAAAACGUUUCUGAAAAGAAAAAAAAACUCGACAGGCGGGUGCAAUUCACUCACGAUGACGAUGACGAUCAACGACGACGGAGACUGAAGUAUUCUGCAUAGUGCAUUCCAAAACAUUUCAGUUUUAAUUCAACAGGAGGCCAUGGGUGCUUUUCUGUAAACAUUAACGUUGAGACGUUGAUUCUUGAGUAUCAGACAUAAUUUCUUAUGUCAAGUUGAGACACUACAGUACUGUAACAAUCAUUUUUAAUGAAAAUGGAUAGUUUUUGAUAACUCCAGGAGCACGUAUGGGAUAUGAGUCAAUAUCGUAUCCAACAAGCAGGAAUGGAAUGAUUCAGUUUUAUUAAAUUUGUUUUCACUCUCAAAGUUUUUUUCAAAUUAAAAUUUCCGUAAGUCGAUGUUGCAUCCGACCGCCAAAGCGGCAAAAUAAUCACAUGAAAUGUGUAAUACUAUAGGACCGGAGCUAAACAAAAUCCAACGCUAAAAGCAGUUUACCCAGCCGGACCUGAAUAGCUAAGUGAAAUGAAGAAAUUUUUAAUCCGAAAAAAGUUCAAGGGUACGAGCUAGAACACUUCCGCAAAAGCAUUCAAAACUGUCUGGGUUCGAAAACUGUUUUGGUUUGUGGAACCGAGCGAAGGAAGAGAUUGAAGACAGUUUUCGUUUAAAUGUCUUCAACUCUGGGUCUCGAUCCAAGUGUAGGAGUAACAAGUUACAGAUUGAGAUUAGUAUUCGGUUCACUUUGUAGAACUUCAAGCUUAUUCUGAAGCGUUGUGUUAAUUCACAAAUGUUUUGUCAUGUGGUAGCCAAGGGAAAAAAACCAAAGUCAUGGCUGCCUGAACGUAGUUUACAGAUAAGCUGAUGUAAAUAAAGGUCCUGGUCUAGCUUAGAUAUUUUAAGGCAAAGUUUGUAAGUUAUCCCAAAGUUUUGGAGGUAACCGGCUGUUCUCUUUGUUGUGCUCUAUCUUUUUGUAGACUAGAUAACGCUAGUGCCAGGUGCAACGUUUUAUCACUGAAACUUCAACUAUACCUACUAUCAAAUAGAGCUUUAUCAGACUCUUUUGAUUUUCUUUUUGUUACCGUGAUAACAUUGACUAGCAUCUGUUUUACUUAAUUUCCACCGCUCAGGAGAAGCGUUUGCUUCCGCCUAAAAUAUGAUUCAGCUUAACAACGCUUGAUUUGACUAUUUUCCAUUUUAGGAUGGCUCGGCAUAUGAGCUGAUAACUGUAACUGAUUGGUCCAAUCAGAACACAAAAAAUGAUUAUCUAAUCCAUAUAUAUGUGACAAGUUUUGUUAAAUGAAUACUCGAUAGUUGACCCAUGUCACAUUUACAGUUUGACCCUAAGCUCGAAUCGGUGAAUCGGUAAAUGAGUAGGUGAACGGGGGCAUUUUCUGAUUGCAAAGAGCGACUUCCGCUCAGUUGAAUCAAAUUGGUUCGAAAUGAUGGUUAGCAGCUUCCACAUUUGCUUCCCUUGAGUUUGCAUAAAAAUUCUCGAUUGUUUAUCAACACGUAUUCAUCAAUUUUCAAACAAGCACGUUUACCAGAGUAACAUUACAGGCUCUUGUAAACGCCCUUACUUUUUGCAUAAUGCGUCCUUAAAACAAGAACGAGGUCAAUGAUUCCUAUUUGUUUUUUUCUCAACUGCAAUCUACCACAGCUCUUUGCAAAGUUUCCAAAAAAAUACGUUGACAAAGUUCGGCGCCAGCUUGAAAUUUGGCUAAUUCUUUCAUAAAAAAUAAACAUAAACUACUUGAAAAUCUCAAAGGAAACGUUUCAAAACUUUUUAGCAACUUUGCAUUUUAGGCAUUAUAUCGACAAUUUAGGCAUUAUUUGAGCACAUGGUGGCCUUUCUUAAGCAUGGCCAUGUGAAUACUAACGAGAUCUUCUAUCUUUUCUGCAUUUCAGCCUUCAAGUAUCAUCUGCAAAAGAAAGGAAUUUCUCACGCAGGAGGUAAAUAAUUAAACGAUUUUAUUUUGUAAUUUAACCGUACACAGUAAGCAUCAUCUAAUUGGUUAACCUGCGUUCACGGCAGCCCAUGUUUCGUCAGACUGUAUAGUCCCGAUAUGAUGAAAAAUUUUUGGAAAUAUACUUAAAUAAUAAAAAAGAAGCUUUUUCUCUUCCAAAUAUCUACUGUAACAAUUCUUGAAAAAAUAGAUAUUAUCCUGCUGCAAUGAUUGAAAAAAAUUGCAAAUAUGCAAUUUAACAAAAAGUACGCCCGUUAGUUUCAAAUUAUGUCGCCUUGAAAAGAGGAUAAGGCGACCAAAUUUCUCCAAAACUGAAUUGAAAAAAAUUUCAUCUGUUAUCAAGUAAGUUAUGUAUCUCAGAAAUCUGAGAUAUAUAACUUACAUGGGAACGAAAAGUGACAACAUGAUAAUGACGUGGCUUAACAAGCUUGAUUUCAGUUAUUCUGAGCUUGUAACAAUGCCGUUAAUUUUACGCAGUUUUUAAAUUGCGUAGAACUAACGGGAUAACAUUGUGAAAAAAAAAUUGAUAUUAAAAAAUGUUAGCUCUACCAACAACAUAAUGAACAAUGUCAUGGAACCAACACAAGGACCAGUUCCUAGUUGGCUUAUUGGCUUAUUUGGUAGAGUGCUGCACCGGUAUCGCAGAGGUCAGGGGUUCAAAUCCCGUACAGGCCUGAUUUUUUCUUCGGGCCUUAUUUUCACUGCUGCCUAGGUAAUGUUCAUUACUGCGAAAUCCGCCUUCGUGGGAUAGAAACACUUAUAACAUGUGUUAAGCAUAGGAGGCUCCAUAGGGUUUUUUAACCGCGCGAGAUCUUGGUGAGGUGAGUUAAAAACAGUUUAACUCCACACAGUUUUUGUGUGAUGGAAUCUAGUGUUUCCAGCAACUGCACCCGUAAUUUUCAUAGGCCCUGUACAAAAGAAGUCAACUGAAAAGAAAACACCGUGGGAAAGAUUGCCAAAAGUUUACGCAUGCUCAGAUAUAGAUCUUGGCGAACUUUUAUUCCAUGACGUAAAGUUAUGCGACAAAGAAAAUAGGAGUCUUUCGAGCAAGAUUUAUCGCGUUUCCUUCGAUGGAAUUUCUUAAGAUUUGCUGAACUGUUUGCUUGUUGAUAAAAAGAACAUCAUGACCAAAUUUGAGAUAGAGGAGGAACAUACAAAAUUGCAAAUAGCGAGGAAACGUCCUCUGAAACCCCUAUUUUUUUCGGCUUUUAAAUGAUCGGCAGAAAAAAAUUCACAAAUUGUAAAAAUUUUGAGAGAUAGAAGAAAAUCAGGGGCAAGGCCAAAUUGUCGGCGACGAGCGCUUCCCUUCGUGGAGCCUUAGCUUAAUAACGAAAAUCAGUUUGAUAAUAUUUACAACAGCAAACAAUAGUCCGAACCUUGCUCAUCGCCUUUUGAUGGCUUUUAGUGACCUUGAAAAGCAAAAACAUAAACAUUUCCUAGAAAAACAUUACGCAGGCGCGCGCGCCAACAUUGAGCAAAAACCCUACAGGGCUUCCUUACCCGGGGUAAACUUCUGCAGCUAACCUUUUUCAAGAUUUAUAUUUUAUUAACAAGUGUACGGGAAAUUUAUUUAUUUUUGCUCAUAGAUCAAAUUGUACCAUCAAUAUGGUCUCUUAGUUGCUCUCCAACAUCGGAUUUGCCGGAUCAUAUCGAGCGUUACUCGAGGAAAGUAUUUGUUGGAGGACUGCCUCCAGAUAUUGAUGAAGGUAUGAAAACAUUUUAUGCUUGUGCACAGGCUAUUAACUACUCAUUAACUAGAGUAAGGUCGUUAAGGGAUACUCUCAGACUGAGGCCUUGAUAACUAAAUUGUCGAGAUCAUUUAGUCGUAUUUUAUAUAAAAUGUUCAGUAAGAAAAAUUGAUUCAAUCGAAACCCGUCACUUUACUUCAGGUAGAGCGUUCUUUCAUCUAUUUCUUCAUCGUUUCAAAAGGGUCCAACUGAACAAGUCAAGUCCAUGAACCAACACGUAUUCUGUUAAAAAAUAUUCUCAUUCAUAGCACAAAUUAUCAUUUCAGCAGUAGGAAGUAUUUCAACGGAUAAAAGUCAAUGGAUGAAGAAGAACUUAAAAACUUGUUCCAAUGUUUACGGCCACUUGGUAAAACAAGAUACAAAUGCUAUAGGAAACCCGUUUCUGAAUAUGUCAGUACUCGUCAUGGCUUUAGCUAAAGAUACUAAACUAGCAAAUAGUCUUUGGAAUUUGGGGCACCUCUGCCCCUUGAGGGUUGCGUCAGUAAAUGAAAGAAGGGCUUCUUAAGGGCGACUUGGCUUAACUUCGAUAAAAGUAGCACUGCUGCUACCUGGAAACUCUCAUUAACCUAAAAGGGCCGAGAUUUAGUAGUGUCCAGAUACUUGGUCAGUAGAGACAUUUUGAUUAGCUUCAGCUGCAAGUCUUAUGUAUUAUUUUAUAGAUGAGAUUCACGCCAGUUUCUGUCGGUUUGGUAGUUUGACUGUAGAUUGGCCUCACAAAGCAGAGAGCAAGUCAUACUUUCCUCCCAAAGGUAAGCUUAUUAGGUGAACUUCUUUUUUAAUUCAGGCCUUCCAAUAAGAACACACGACAACUCUAACGCACUACUUUUAUUCCUACUUCACGACUUCGCGCUGUAAUGUUGAAGGUUCUUUUAAAUUACCAUAACGCCUAUAUCAAAACAUUUCUUCCAUAUGAAAAAGGAACGACGUUUCGACCGCUCAACAGUCAUUUUUAAGUUGAAGGAUAAAGAAUUUUAUCAUGCGCUUCUAUAAUUAAUUGUAAAAAUGCUAAUGAGAUACUUACGAAAACUGCGGCAAGAGUGAUGAAAAACGCUAAGGCGAAAGAAACAUUAAAAGUGAAUCGAUUAGGUAAAUACUUUUUUGCAUCACACAGACUGCACUUAUGAUAAUAAACAAAGUUUUGUUGAUUACUAUUCUGCAUUUCUUUUAAAAAACAACACAAAUGGAACCUUAGGUCUUAUGGUUUUAGAACUUUUACAGUAGCUGCUCCCUUUUUAUGGAACUCCUUACCUUUAGAAGUCAAGUCUUCGCCCAGUUUGAAUAUUUUUAAAUCUAAACUGAAAACACACCUUUUUAAAUGCGCUUUUAAUCUAAAUUAGAUAACUUAAUCUUUUGUUUUUAUAUUUCUGAGUCAUACUGUAAUACAAUGGAUGUAAAGCGCUUAGAACGCAUGCGGAUAAGCGCUAUAUAAGUGUUAAAUGUUAAAUGUUAGAUUAACAAUUGGAGGUUUUUGUGUUCCUUCGGCUGCAAUCGUCCUUGAUCUCCUGACUUGUGUAAACGGGCUGGACAUCGGCAACAAUCUUUCGGCUGAGAUCACCGAGUUGGUGUCUUACCGCAUUUGCUGCUUUCUGGUCUUUGAACGGUAGGACAACUCUGAUAGGAGCAUCGUGUUCAUCGCAUACUUGUCGUUUAGUACAGUGACUUUCAUUUCAAUAAAAUGUCUGAUGGUAUUCUCUAAAAAAGUAUCGGGAUAAGAAACGUCGCGCUUUUUAACGUCAAUUUUUAUAAUAAAAUCCAUUUCUUCCACAGGUUAUGCAUUUCUGCUGUACCUGGAGGAGCAAUCGGUGCAGAAACUAAUCGACGCCUGCUUCCAGCAAGAUGACAAACUCUACCUGUGUGUGUCCAGUCCUACUAUUAAAGACAAACCCGUGAGUUCCUUUUCUCUGUGUCCCUAUCAUUACUCUAACUCGGAUGGAAGACAGGAGAACUCUUAAUUUGGAAUUUAACAUUUUAUUUUUUAGCAAGGUGUCUUGAGUUAUUUCCGAACAUCCUUAUUGGUUCUUACUCCGUAUUAUGUUAUGCUGACCGUUUCCACAGAAACGGCCAUAAGCCAUGUAUUUUUGGUCGCGAUAGCCGGCAAAUUCAAACUAAACAGGUUAGGUCCGGGUGCCACAUAUGAAACUACUUACUGACGUAACUUGCUUCAGCUGUACUGGAGAAUAUUGGCCCAAGGUCGCUUUUGAACGGACGUCGCUGCGCUCAGUCCGUACUCCUACGACCUCCGGCAAAUCUUCCCCUGUACGGCCCUUAUGAUCGGUUAGUACGAUGUUAUAAAUUUUUUUAAAUUCUGAUUAACCUAGUUGCCUAGAGCCUACAAAGACCUAUGUUAAAUUAAUAUAGCGGAUGUGAUUUAAAAUUAAUUUCUUUCCCCCUUCCCCCUUCAAGAAAAAAUUGUGAAUGUAUGAAAAAAAACUAAUUUCGUUUGAAACUACAGGUUCAGAUAAGACCUUGGAAUCUGAAUGAUUCAGAUUUUGUCAUGGACGGUUCACAUCCACUUGACCCGAGGAAAACAAUUUUUGUCGGUGGAGUGCCUCGCCCAUUGAGAGCAAUAGAGCUGGCCAUGAUAAUGGAUCGGCUGUAUGGAGGAGUCUGUUAUGCUGGGAUAGAUGUAGAUCCUGAACUGAAAUAUCCUAAGGGUAAGAGUUACUUAGCUUAACGCAGUUGUUACGUUUCAGUAAUGAAAAGUUGCAUAAACUCGAAGAAAGAUUUUUUCAAAAUUCGAAUCAGCUAACUGGGUUAGUAAAACGACAUUUAGGAAAAGGAUUACAUGCAAAACGAAAAAAAUAGCGAAGACAAUAGAGCAAUUUUACAAAGCGUGCAUAUGCAAAAUUACGAAUAUCGAACAAAUUGCAACGUCAACAGAUAAGGAGCUGCUGUUCAGCUUUUGACAUAUUACAUUUUGCUUUACAUUUAAGGUGCUGGUCGAGUGGCCUUCUCCAAUCAACAAAGUUAUAUUGCCGCUAUCAGUGCCAGAUUUGUGCAGCUGCAACAUGGCGACAUAGAUAAAAGAGUAAGCCUUUCGACUGACAUUGUUAGUCAUGUCAUGUUAGUCAAUUUUUUGCGAUUUUGGGCCAAGACAAACCUAUUUUCACUGUUGAUAUUACAUCUCCUUAUACCAUCGUUCCCAAUAGCGGAGGUCGGAAAAACUACUUUGCCCACUUGAAUUAGUGUUAACACCCAACUGUUUUUCAUUCGGGAAUAACUAUUAUUAGUUUCUGGUCAUCCACUAAAUGCCGAAUUACUACCUGUGAUAAAAAGACAAAUCACUAUCAUGAGAGAAUACCGUAUACCUGAGCAAAAAAGUCUUGGAAUACCUUAUUUCUCAAACCCCUCUAAUAUUAUAUAUAUUAAUAUUAUAACUCUUUCUAAGAUAUCUUAGUUAGCUGUGUUGAUAGUUGUAGGUUUUAAAUAAAAAUAGCUUUAGUCCCAUUUUUUAUUUUACUCCAUUAGAAUGUGCAAUAGCCUUUCUUAUCAAUAACACAGUUUCAUAUCACUUUCCAGGUUGAAGUCAAGCCAUAUGUUUUGGAUGAUCAGUUGUGUGACGAGUGUCAUGGCGCCCGGUGCGCAGGUAAAUUUGCACCAUUUUUUUGCGCAAAUGUCACGUGCCUGCAGUACUAUUGCGAACAGUGCUGGGCACUCAUACACUCCAGGCAAGGGCGGGAAUUUCACAAGCCUCUGGUCAAGGAAGGCGCUGACCGACCAAGAACCGUUCCAUUUAGGUGGUAAAGAAAUAUAGUUAAUUCAAGUAAAUAUCAACUUGAUUCCAAGUUGAUAAGAAUUUCUUUACCCAGUUAGAGAGCAAAUACCAUCUUGAAUUGGAUGAAAAAAUCUGCUUAAUCAAAUUGUUGUGAUUAGUAAACUCAGGUAUGCUUUGUCUUUCCUUUCUCUCUUACUUCUUCACUACUGUGUGGUCUAUGAUGUAAAUGUUAAUUGGAGUUGAGUUAGUGAGAGGAAAGUAUAUAAUAGAAUUGGUGUCAGGUAACCGAGGUUGUCGUUUACGAAGGAAGCAUUUUGCUUGGUAGAAAUUCACUCCACAACGCCGAGUGGACUCUCAGUUUAUGCGUUUAAAUUUCACAAUUAACUUCAAUUUGAAAGUGAAGAAUUUUUCAAGAAUAUUUCGGAAUGUGCGGGAGGUUUCCUUUUCCAUUUUAGUAGUUUAACACUUUUAUCGAGUACUAAAUUUUAAUUUUUUAACCGAAGAGAAAAUUGCAUACUUUGAACGAGUAGAGUUAUUUUAUUUAACGAAUUACAACUACAUGAAAUUAAAAUAUUAUUGCCAAUAGAAUUGUAAAUACCAGCUGAAAAGCAAAAUUAAAUUUCAGCGAAGAAAGAUAAGUUGUAAACUUACGCAAAGAGUAUGCCUUGGUGCGAAGAGGGAAUUUUUUUUCUGGAGUUUAAUUUUGUAGAAUGUUUAGUAAUGACUCAUGGGAGAAUUACCAUUGUUGAAAUAGUUUUAGAUAUGGGCAGGACUACUGUUAAAAACGAACAAACAAACAAAAAAAAAUUACUUCUAAGUCAAAUAAAGAAGG